AAUCACCUUGAGGCUUGUGUCGCCGCGGCUCUCCGCGCCUCCCCUACGCCAGCCUCUAUAUUUAGGCUGCUUGUUGUGGCGCUGGUCAGCUGGGACCUUCAGCAGGACACGCCUCUGGAUUGAAUGGAGCGCACCGUGCGUAAAGUCCAGACCGCAGCAGAUCCAAACUUUGUCGCUUCUUUUGGGUGUCGAUUGGUUUUGGUAUCGGCAUUAGUUCGUCGGAGACUAUAAAUGCAGCGAUGACUCGAGAGGAGGACCUGAUCCGGAUCGCCAAAAAGCUAGACAAGAUGGUGUCUAGAAAUAACACGGAGGGUGCCAUCGACCUGCUGAAGGAGUUGAAAGGCUUCAAUAUGACACUGAAGCUUCUCCAGGAAACAAGAAUUGGCAUGUCUGUGAACAACAUCAGGAAGCACUGCAGAGACGAAGAAGUUAUCUCUUUGGCAAAAGUCCUCAUUAAAGACUGGAAGAGACUUCUGGACUCUGGAAAUUCUCACUCUGAGAAAGUUGACGAACUGAAGAAUGGUUUGGACGCCAGGAAACCUGCAGCAGCUACAAACAGCUCCUCCUCAGAGCCACAGAGCAGUCACAGGAGGCUGGAGGCCAAACUGAAACAUGAAUCAGAUUCUGACAAAAGCAGGAAUGAAAAACACAACGACAACCACAUAAACAAAGAGAGGCAUGCGGACGAUCCCGGGGUGGAUGGAAAACACCUCGAAGGACAGCAAAGUGAGAAACACCUUCAAGAAAUCAGAGCAGAGAAACAAACACCUGCAGCGAAUCCCAAACCGGGAACGGAUAACAAGAAAGAGAGGCACGCACCAGACCUGCAGAGUGGAAAACACGAGUCGGACCCAGUCAAGCACAGAUCGCUGGAGGAUUUGAAGAAGACGAGAGACGCAGAGCUGAUAAAGAAAGAGAAACCCUCCGAGGAGCCUAGGAGAUACGCAGACGACGGGAAGGAGGAUAAAAGCAGAGCGGAAAGCAGACACGAGUGGCCUGUCGGCCCACCUCAGAGAGGGAAGCCCACUGAAGCUCACAAGCUAAUCUUUGAAAGGAGAGGAGUGCUGGACAGCAGCGUACUGUACCCCACCCGCUUCCCCUCCCCCCCUCGACCCGCUCGGCCUCUUCUGCCCGUCAAACGUCCGUCUCUGGACUCGAAAAAAGACACCAGGAAGGACGGUAAAGAGUCUUCCUCUCGACACCCUCACUCUCAACCGGGCUCUCCGCCACCAAAACGACCCGCGGCGGAAGUCAAGAAAGAGAGGAAGGUUCCACCGGACCCAAAUGCUCCGAUAGCUCCUCUUCCCUUCCACCUCCAUCCUCCUCCGCCGAGAAAAGAGCCUCCUGAUCCCAACGCGCCCCUUCCUCCUCUCCCGCUCCACCUCCAUCCCCCCGCUGCUCCUCCGAAGCGCCCCUCUGUGGACGGGGGCAAGGACAGAGAGAGGUCUGGGCCAGAUGUUGCUGCCUUGACGUACCAGAGUGAAACAGUCAAGGACGACGCAGUACAAUUCAACACAGAGUUUCCCUCUUUGAAAGAUUCAGAUGAUGGCAAAGCAUCUAAGAAACUGUCAGAUGACACCAAGAGAGAAAGGAAAGAUUCUUCUGACUCUAAACCACCCUCUACCAAAAAGCCCGCCAUCGAGGCCAAAAAAGAAAAGCACAGGAAGGAUUCCAGUGAACUGAAGCCAAGCCAACCUGCAAAAGGCCAUUCCACUGACUCCAAAUCCGUCAGACGCGAGUCCACCGACUCAAAGAGAAGCAGCUCACCUCCAGCAAAGAAGAUAUCAAGUGAAAGGAGAGAGUCUUUAGGCUCGAAGCCUCUUGGACAACCACAGAGGAAACAGUCUACUGACAGCCUGGAAAGGAAGGGUAAAACCGAAGCGCCCAGAACUCCCACCACCCCGACCAGUCCGCUGUCACCCAGCUUCAGCUCUCCGGGGGGUCCUCUGUCCCCUCACCUGGCUACUGGAGACUCCGUUAGAGACAAGUGCAUUGAGAUGCUGGCAGCUGCCCUGCGGACAGACAAUGACUACAAAGAUUUUGGAGCAAACUGCGACGGCAUGGCAGCAGAGAUUGAGGAUCAUAUCUACCAGGAGAUCAGGGCCACAGACAUGAAGUACAAGAACCGAGUCCGGAGCCGCAUCAGCAACCUGAAGGACCCCAAGAACCCGGGACUUCGCAGAAACGUCCUGGCCGGCAGCAUUGAGUUGAGCCGCAUCGCCAGCAUGUCUGCUGAGGAAAUGGCCAGUGAUGAGCUGAAGCAGCUGAGGAACGUCCUAACCCAGGAGGCCAUCAGGGAGCACCAGAUGGCCAAAACCGGUGGGACCACCACAGACCUGCUGCAAUGCGGCAAAUGCAAGAAGAAGAACUGCACCUACAACCAGGUGCAGACCCGCAGCGCUGAUGAGCCGAUGACCACAUUUGUCCUCUGCAAUGAGUGUGGCAACCGCUGGAAGUUCUGCUGAUGCCUUCAGAGGUGAAGCUAUUCUUCUCAGAGGCCCUGGAUUGCUUCUUGCCCAUAACUGGACGAGAAAAAGUUAGCAAACCACUGUAGAUGAUGGAUUCAACAAAAAACGUUCUUGCAAUUUUUACUAGAGAUUUUUUUAGAUUUAUGAGCAUGGAUAAAUAAAGUUGGAAUACAGUGGAUUGGACGACGGCUUAAUCAUGAAAUCCACAUGGUUGUAAAUGAAUAGUAAUUAGGAUCUUGGACCUAAUUAACAGGACACGUUAAUCUCUUUAACAUGCCAUGCAAUACAAUAGCCGUUUAUUUUGUAUAUACAUAUAUCUUCCAAUAAAACCACAUAAAUAAAAACUCUCUGAAGUAUCAUUUAAGAAAAAAAAAAGAUUGUAAAUUGCCAUUGCUGUGUUUGAUGUGUACAAACUGCAUGUCAACUUUAUAGUGUUUUUUUUUUUUUUGCUCAUGCAACAGAGUCGUUAGAUUUCACAAGAAACGUAAUGGAGGCCUAGAAGUACGUUUUUUGUUUGUUUUUUCUCCAAAAAGUUACUCAGGUAAAUGUAACUGAAUAAAUACUUAAAGCAAAAUAAAAGCUACAUCAUGGUGGCCAAACAAU